AUGGAGGGGCAGGAUGGGUUGGUGCCUUUCCAGCUGUCAUGUGACCUCUUUAGGAUCCUGAAAAUGCAAGAAGAUCUCUGCAUGGAGACUCUUGGCGCUGAGAAUGUGUCGCGAAUCACUGGGCAGGGGAUGGUUGAGAGGUCCGGCUGGCCACGGUGCCCCGGGGGAUGUGGCGGGAUGUGGGAUAACAUUAGCUGCUGGCCUUCCUCUGCCCACGGGGAGACUGCGAGGAUCCCCUGCCCCGAGAUCCUACGAGGCCUCACUGGUCAGCAAGGGUCUUUAUACAGAAACUGCACCGAGGACGGCUGGUCAGCGAAAUUCCCUUCAAUAGACGAGGCGUGUGGGUAUGAUGCCAACGUAACAGAGAAUGUGGUCUAUUUCAUGCACCUAAAGACCCUGUACAGCACCGGCUAUGGCACCUCCCUGGCCUCCCUGGCCCUCGCCCUGGCUCUCCUGGCAUCAUUCCGUCGGCUGCGUUGCACCCGCAACUACAUCCACAUGCACCUGUUUGCGUCCUUCAUCCUACGGGCAAUGUCCAUCUUCAUCAAGGACGCGGUUCUUUAUUCCACGGAGGAAGUCAACCAUUGCAACGUCUACUCAACCGACUGUAGCUACAUGAUGAUCUUCUUCCAGUACUGCAUCAUGGCCAACUACAGCUGGCUGCUGGUGGAAGGACUCUACCUCCAUACCCUGCUGGUCAUCUCCUUCUUCUCAGAGUGGAAAUACUUCUGCUGGUACAUUGCCCUGGGCUGGGGUUCCCCGUUGGUUUUCAUCAUUGCCUGGGCUGUGUGCCGCCAUCUUUAUGAUGACUUUGGGUGCUGGGACAUUAAUUCCAACGCCAGUGUCUGGUGGAUCAUCCGAGGUCCAAUCAUUCUGUCCAUCUUUAUCAACUUUAUCCUCUUUGUGAGGAUCAUCCGCAUUCUGAUGAAGAAGUUGAAGACGUCGGAUGUGGUUUCAAGGAAUGAUUUGGGGCAGUACAAGAGGCUGGCGAGAUCCACUUUGCUGCUCAUCCCACUCUUCGGGGUCCAUUAUAUGGUCUUCGCCUUCUUCCCAGAAGAUGUGAGCAGUGGGACGGUGAAGAUCCGCCUGACAUUCGAGUUAACUCUGGGAUCAUUUCAGGGCUUUGUGGUCGCCGUGCUCUACUGUUUCCUCAAUGGAGAGGUGCAAAGCGAGAUCCAUAGGAAGUGGCUCCGAUGGCAUUUUAGGGAAUAUUUCUUGUUACGGCAACAGAAGAACUCAACAGUGAGCAAUGGGGCCACCAUGCUUACACAGGUUUUGCCAGUCAGCCGGGGAAGCAACAAGGAGCAGAGGAAGGCGCCAGCCCAGAAAUCCAGUGCCAUCUAGAUCGGAGGCUCUUCAGUCCCCUCAACAGUAAAGCAUAAAGAUAAAUGGGGGUCAAACAUCUACCAGAAACCCAGAAGCAUCUAGAUCUGGGCAUCUUCAGCCUAUCAAUACAAAUGGGACCCUGAGUCCAGCCAAAAGUAUAGGGUCAACUAACCAGGGUCAGGAAUCUACCUGGAAACCCAGAAUCAUCUAGAUUUGGGCAUCAUAAACCCAUCAAUAGAACUUGGACCCUGAGUCAAGCCAACAAUAUAGGAUCCAGAGUCAUCUGGAUCUGUGGGUCAAGUCAUCAAUACAACUGGGAGCCUGAGUCAAGCCAGGAACAUUGGGUCAACUAACAGGAGGUCACAAAUCUACUGGGGAACCCAGAAUCAUCUAGAUCUGGCAACAUUUAACCCAUCAAUCUAACUGGAACCCUGGGUCAAACAUAGGAACAACUAAUGUAGCAAAGCUAUUGGGGAAUCUAGAAUUAUCUCGAUCUGGGGAUCAUCAAUCCAUCUGGGACCCUUAGGCCAACAGCAUAGGGGCAACUAAUUUACUGGAGAAUCCAGAAUCAUCUUCAUUUUCAACCAAUAAAUUCAACCAGGGCCCUAAGUCAAGCCAACAAUAUUGGGUCAACUAAACGGGGGUCACAAAUCUACUGAGGAAUCCAGAAUCAUCUAGAUUUAGGAUCUUCAGUCUAUCUGGGAGUCAGGCAUCUACUCAACAAUCCAGUAUCAUAUAGACAUGGGGACCUUCAAUCAAACCAUGUGUGCAGUACCCCCCAAAAAAUCCAUCAUCAUUAAUCUAGGGAAAGUCAACCUGAAAUCUGUCCUGAUGGGUGAAAAGAGAAACCCUGGCAUUUGGCUAUUCUUCAAAUAGGGUACUAGAGUAUCCAACACCCCCCGGCAGGGCAUUCCCCAACCCCCUCACUGCCCUCACCGUGAGGAACCCCCUACCCAAC